UUCUCCAAAAGUCAUCAUCUUUUUCCGAAAGUUUAGUUUCCUAGCGAUCCUCCUGCAGUAACUGUUGUUCUUGAAGAAAGUUAAAAUCAUAUUCAUAUACACGUAAUCGGGAGAGUAGCUCGCGUAUUGCAGGAAGAAGAAAGUGCAACCCACGGCGGAGGAUCCUCGCGAGUGCAAGGUGCAAGAAAAACGGGCAAAAGAAAGGAACUGGAUCGCUGCCGGAAUCUGGCAGAAUUCGUGGAAAAGUUGUUACAAAACGCACUCGUGGUUAUUUUUCUCAUUAUUUGUGCUCGCAAUUUCCUUCCCCCCUCGUGUGUGGUGUAGUGCUUAUAACGAAAGACACGCACAGUUGUUUAGUUUUAGUUUGCCCAGCCGAACCACCGUGGAGCAACACAAGUGUAAGCUUGCGUUGAGGCGUCUCAGCACCAACCGGAUCCGCUAGUAUAGGGCCUAAUAUGGAAAAAAUAGCGUUCAAAAAAUAGCGUACACUCACUCACUCACUGCCUGGCGCCUAGUGAAGGAUAACACACUCUCUAGUCUUAGUGGAGUGUGAGGAACAAAAACGUACACAAAGGAUCUGAAGCGCCCAGAUUUGCAAAGAAACGAAAUAGGAAUGAACUAUUUUUUCCCUGUCAAACCGAAACAGAACAUCUGCUACUAGUGGAGCUUUAUGUAAUUCUUGAAAACACCAAUAUUCCGGGCAGCUCUAGCACUGACUGAAGGCGAGAAGCAUCGCGUCGCAUCGCAAUAUUUGCGCACAGAAGAAAACAUUGUGUGGACCUUGGAAUCGAAUCCUUUCGGAUGUUGCUUGCUCGGAGCUUGCAUACGCUCGCAAUCUGUUUAUCGUCAUCGUCAUCUUCGCGCGAAAAAAACAGAAAUCGCUAUUUCUGAGAAUGGAAAUACAAAGUUGUGAUGAAUAAGACUAAUCAACUGAAGCAGUAGCAAAGCAAAGCAGAAAAUAAAACAGAUAGUGAGAGGAGAAAAAAAAAGUUAUCCAAUCCCCAAGGAUGCUGACAAUAACAGCAGAACCGAUGCGACUAACAAGAUAAUAAUGAUGCCGAUGACGGUGGUGAUGAUGAUCGAAAGUGAUGACGACAGAUCGACGAGUGGAACGGGUUGCAACGCCAGUAGUAAAGCGCGAGAAUAGUGCAACGAAUACGUGCAUAUCUUUGUGGGUUUUGCAGUUAUAUAGGAAAAACGAAAAUUGUUAAAAUAAAUACAAAGAUUUCCGGUGUGCCACUUUUUUUUGGUUCGGGAUGUUCUAGUUCUAGAGAAGAAGAAAAAUCAUUCUCAUUCGCACGUUGUUCUACUUUCCAGCGCCAGGAUGAAGUGAAAAGUGUUGGAAAAGUGUGACGGGAAGCUUCUGGUUUACUUUAUAUGAAAAUAAAACAAAAAGUUUUGACGAGCCGAGGAUACACAAGUGUUAAGAGGAAUGUAUGAUGAUAUGUGAAAAAGAGUGGCAUGUAUAGCGGGCGAGUGAUAUACAAUACUCAAUUGUUACUUCGUGAUAGGCUUAGCGGUACGUCUUCUUUGUUCGAUAGCGCCUGUAUUAGUGUAGAUGAAAAUAGUGAUCAUUCAUAUAGAUAUUACCUCGGACGAAGGCGCGAAAAACGUUGUCAGGAUCGCCAACGGGAGGAUUUAGCCGAGAAUAAGAUCCCCGAGCUUGCCACAACGAUCGCUCAUCGGUUACCUGUGGCAUUUCCUAGCACUCAGCGCUCAUUCUGGCAGCGUUACAGCAAGCUCAGAGCCAGCAAAAAUCACAUCCGGAGCAGGAUCGAACUUGUAACGGAAGUGCGCGCAAAGCAAUUAACACCAGCCACAUCAACAGCAGUGGCACCAUCGUUGAAACCAGCGAAGGAGGUAGUCAUAGCAGUGAAAACAAGAACACCCUUCUUCUACACUGCUGCUGUGUGAUCGUACAAAUUACCCCAGUAGCCCCCGGGCGCAGCCACGUGACGACGACGGCUUCGUCCGCCAAGAAACCCAGUACAGGCGGUGACGAUGGCGGUAGUGGAGGACUAGCCACUGGUGGUCGCACUCCUGUCUGUCGUUGUAAUGCACAAUACAAAUUACAGGAUCUGAAGGCCUUGCAACAGCUGCAACAGCAGCAGCAGCAACAACAACAGCAACAGCACCAACAACAACAACAGCAGCAACAGCAGGUUACCAGCGUAAACACCAAUGUCUCAUCCUCUACCACCGCCAUUGGCAGCUCCGUCCCCGGUACUAGCAGUAGCACCGGUGGAUUUCACCAUUACCAUCCUUCAUCAACCGGAGCCACCAUGCAGCAGCAGCACCCCAGUUUCAGUGGUGCCCCUCAGAAGCAGAGCCAAGAGUUAACGAACGAGGAGCUCAUGAAGUAUCUCCAGCAAAUAAACGCCGACAUAAAGUGGAUCGAACAGCUAAAACAAUACAAGUACGAGAUUGAGAAACUCUCCGCCACGGAAAAGACUGAUGCCCGUAACAUCAAACAGCAACAGCAACACCAGCAGCUUGUCAAUGGUCACAUCACCGUACCUGUGCCAAAACAAAAGCCAACCAGUGCCCCGAUUCCAAUUGCUGCCGGAAGUCAACAGACGGGAGCGAUAGCGAAAACUGAAUUCUUCGACCGUAGUCUCAAACAGCGCCAUUCAUCUCGGUCGGUUGACGAACGAACGGCACGUCGUGGUGAAGAGGAGUACGCCAAGGAAAAUGGCCAUCAGCGACACUCAUCCGGUCCAAGCGAUCUUCAGCUGCUCAAGGCCGACAUCUCGGAAUGGUUGCUCAAUCUUCCGCUCAAACGUAGCGUUGAGUUUCUCCAGAAGGCAAAAUCAUCCCAGCUCAAGUUCGACAAAGACAUCCAAGAGCAGCAGCAGCAGCCGAAGAAGCCACUCCAACGACAGUCCUCGGGAGGACCUCAAGCAGCAGCAGCCGCACAACGUCAGCAAUCGGUGGGACCCGGUGAAAUAGCCCUCACCCGGGACGACAUCUUGGAGUGGCUCAAAAAGCAGCAAAUUUUCAGCAAAGUUAACGAGGAGACGAGUGCUCCGAAAAAGUUCAAAGAAAAGGAAGAAAUUCCCCUCCAACACUUUGAACCGAAACAGAAAUCAAGUGGUGCUAAGCUGCAAAAACGACACUCGCUAGGGCCUAACGAAGAGUUCUUCCACAAAUCUACCACCGAGUGGAUACAGUAUCCGCUGAGGCAGCUCAAAAAACAUACCUUCGAUGCAGCGCAAAGCAGCUGCACCGAUAUUAGGCGGAAGGAGCGCGACCGGAGCGAACAUAGCCAUCGCGAGCGUAAGUUGCGUCAUUCCGCCAGUGAGGUUGUGACUUCUACACUCUCUGAUCAACCACCGCCGCGAGUUCCUCCCCAGAAACCCGAGCGAAUAUUCCGCUAUAAAUCGAAGGAACGCGAACACAAGUCCACUCCCCAGCUGAUGGGUACUCUCCCCCAGCAGAUUCCAGCACAACAGUAUCCUCAGCAAACUACAUCGUUCAGCCAGAAACCUGCCAGAAGGGAUCGCUCGCGUAGAAAUAAAACUCAGCGCUCCGCCACCGUCGGAGACAUCAAUCAAAUCAACAAGCAAGUACCCCAUGCACAAGCGCAAGCGCCCAGUUACCCUUCCCAGCGCACCACGGAACGCAGUGCAUCACUGUCCAAGUGCAUCGAUCCCAUGUGUUCGGCCCUGUCUCUGUGCGACGACCCGAACUGCUACAUGUACAACUACUACGACACGCCGCGCUGUGCUUCGUUGCCACGUGUCAAAUCCGCCACGCCUUCGGCCACCAGCAAAUGUGGACCACUUUGUUACGAGUGCAACAACAAGUGCAACUCGCUGCCCCGAUGCACCGACGUCCGCUGCACGGCAGCCGCAACAGUGGCGGGCACCUCGUCACAGAAAAUAAAAAGCAAUUCACUGCCACGAAACGCCGAGAUGGUUCAGAAACGGUUAUCACGGGAGGAUUCCCGCAGUUCGCUGCCCCGGUCCCGGUCGAAGAAACGAUCGGCUUCCACCUGCAACGGGAAGCUUACCAAAUCGCUGUCGGCUGCAUCGCUCAAUUCGCGGCGACGGCGUCACAAGACGGUCCACUUCGGGGAGAACCUGCUGCGGGAGGUGUGCCAGAACCGGAAGCUCAUUCAACCACUCCAGAAGGCGCCCUCGGGCAGCACUCCGCUCCAGCCCAACAUUCAGAUGCUGUACAACUUCGUCGAGGGGGUCCUAAGUGCCUGGGUGGACGACGAAGACGAACACAACAAGUCGGGGCCGGAUUCGGAACCGGAGCGGGGUGCCGUGCUGAAACCGAUGCACCGAUGCAAUCGGGCACGCUUCCAAACGAUCCGUCGGGUGGUGAGUGAAGCGGCCGAACUGAAGGGGUCCUCGAAGCUGGGCAAUUCGCGCUAUCGACAUCGACACUGGCGGGGCACCGCCAAGGACUGCAACGAGCGUUUCCUGCGGAAGAUUUCCGAUGAUGAUCGCAUGAGCUUGACGACAGCCGUGUCAGAUGAAGACGACGGGGAAAGUGUGAUGGCCUCACCAUACAAAGCGAAAGCUACUGGCACUGCCGCCGCGUCAUUCAACUGCACUGGAGCGGUCCGGAAAGCAGGGUUCCUGUCGGUCAAAAAAUGGCUACUGCGCAAAAAGCACCAAAUCGAGCUGGCCCGCAAGCGUGGCUGGAAGGGCUACUGGGUCUGUCUGAAAGGUACCACCUUGUUGUUCUACCCGUGUGACUCGCGUGAAGGCCGCUCAGUGGAAGCCGCUCCCAAGCAUCUGAUCAUCGUCGAUGGCGCGAUCAUGCAGCCGAUUCCGGAGCACCCGAAGCGGGACUACAUCUUCUGUCUGAGCACGGCUUUCGGCGAUGCGUACCUCUUCCAGGCGCCCUGCCAGGUCGAGCUGGAGAACUGGGUCAACAGUAUACAUAGUGCCUGUGCUGCAGCGUUUGCAAGACAUCGUGGUAAGACUGGUACACUACACUUAUUACAAGAGGAGAUAUUCCGUUUAGAAAAAGCAAUAGAAUCGGACCACAAACUGAAACACAUGGCCGAUCUGCAACAGAGCGUAGUCACGGAUUCCGACACUCGCCAUCAGAUUCAGCAACAAAUUUUGCAGUGGGAAGAGAAUCUCGAACGUCUGCAUUGCGAACAGUUCCGUCUACGGUGUUAUAUGGCUUCGCUGCAGAAUGGAGAAUUGCCCAAUCCAAAGUCUCUUCUAACCCACGUAUCGCGCCCAACCAAGAACACCCUGAACAAACUGGGUGUCUUCACGGUAUCCUCGUUCCACGCAUUCAUUUGUGCUCGUUCUCCCUCGCUGCUCAAUAAUUUGUUGGCAGGACGUGGUGCGACCAAGCGGCGUCCGCCAAUAUUGUCCCGUUCCAACAGUGGCUCCAGCCGUCGAUCGAUGCAGAUGAACACCCGCGACGAGGUGGAGAAAUCUUACAAGGUGGCCUUGCCAGAGAAUACCUACGCCACGGUGUACCUACGAGACGGUAUGUCCGUGGAGGAAUUCCUCGCUAGCGCCUGCCAACGGAAGAAUCUCAACGCGAUGGAACACUUUGUGCGGGUCAAGAAACGUCGCGAGAUGGAAGAUCACAACUACUUUGUUCCUCAUCGAAAUGAUCUAAUCGAAACAUAUCUACACACUCACGAGAUGGUCGAAGUUUGCGCUAAAAUUUUGUAUCAAGUAGAACUACAACGAGCUACACUGGAGCAAAUGUGGGGUUUCUCAGUCGAGGCGGAGCUGAUUGAGAAUGCGGACCGACAGGACGAACUUUGUUGCUAUGUAAGCCGCGUCGAAGACAAGAGCUUGGCUAUGCAAAAUGGAGUCAUCAAGGGCGACGAAAUAAUCGUGAUAAACGGUGCGAUUGUUUCCGACCUGGAUAUGAUGUACUUGGAAAGUGUGCUUCAGGAAGAACAGGCCUUAUGCAUGAUGAUGCGGUCAUCACGCACCGAACCGCCAGAUCUUGUUGGAAUCCUGCGCUCAACAGAUGACAUCAUAGAAUCACUGGUUUGUCCACCACCACCUUCUGAUCCACCGGUCAUCAGCGAAGAGAUGAUUUCCGGUUUGAUCGUUCCGGCACCUGGCUGGCGACGUUCGUGUAUUUCAGGUAAGGAAGUUUACUCGCCGGAAGUCGAAAGUUCGCCAGCACCGUCGGCCCACGCCCAUGAUAUGGACCGCUCGAAACAGUCAUCGCGCACCAGUAGCUUCGAGAUCGAGAAUUUACUCAAAUCAGCCGAACAGGUCACCGGUUUCUGUCGAUCACCGCAGGAGACUAGGAAAUCGAGUCCUACCGGUUCAGUAGCUUCAUCGGUGUCGAAUGCUAUGCUGACUCCGUCACGUCAGCUAACCGAUGCCGAAAAGCUACGGAAGGUAAUCCUCGAGUUGGUUGAAACGGAAAAGACUUACGUGAAGCAUCUGAACAAUUUGCUCGAAUACUAUUUGGAACCACUGAAGCGUGAAACAUUCCUCUCCAAUGCUGAAAUCACGGCCUUGUUCGGUAACAUCCAGGAGAUCGUCACAUUCCAACGGCAGUUCCUGAAUAAUUUGGAAGAAGCGCUUGAUCUUGAACCGGAGUUCCACCAACUGGAGCAUCCAAGUCAAUUUAAGAACGUACUUUUCGCAAUCGGUUCGGCCUUCUUGUAUUACGUGAACCACUUCAAGCUGUAUUCCUCAUUCUGCGCAAGUCACAGCAAGGCACAGAAAGUCCUGCAUCCAAACGAAGGCAACCAAGCACUUCAAGAGUUUCUGGCCGCCCGCAAUCCGAAGCAACAGCACAGCAGUACCUUAGAAUCAUUCCUCAUUAAGCCAAUUCAACGCAUCCUGAAGUACCCGUUGCUGCUACAACAGCUGCGAAAUUUGACCGAUCCGAAUGCAGCCGAACAUCUGCAUCUGGUCGAGGCACUCAAAGGCAUGGAGAAGGUCGCCGAGCACAUCAACGAAAUGCAACGAAUCCACGAAGAGUACGGUGCGAUUUUCGAUCAUCUCUUCCGUCAGCAUCAGAAGUCCUGCAAGCAGCCGAUCGAUCUCAGUCCUGGUGAUUUGCUGUACUACGGAGGUGUCGAGUGGUUGAACAUCUCCGACUUCCUGGGCAAGAUCAAGAAGGGUCUCGAGCUGCACGCCAUGUGCUUUGUUUUCAAAUCAGCCGUAGUGUUUCUCUGCAAAGAGCGGCUACGCCAGAAAAAGAAGCUUAUGGGUGUUUCCAGCAAGAACGCCACCAAUGAGGUCGAAAUCAUCCGCUAUCAAGUGUUGAUCCCGGUAACCGAAGUGCAGGUGCGCGCCUCCUCCGCCAAAGACAUGGACUCACACUUCCUCUGGGAACUUAUCCAUCUCAGAUCGCAACUACAACGAAGAUCGGAAAAAGUCUACGUGCUCUCGAAUAGCACCGGCGACUUCCGUAAUGCAUUCCUCAAGACGAUUCGACAGAUCAUACGCGAGAGCGUCCGCAACAUGUCGAUUCCUUCGCUGAAGAGCAUGGGCGGCAGUAUGAACUCAAUGACUGGCAUCGGCACCUCAUCUGGAAACUCACAAACGCUGGAGCGUCCCAAGCCACAGCCUCAGAUAAUGCAAGGGUCGCAAACGCUCGGCAAACCGAAGAAAUCAAAAAUCAACCAGCGUCACUCGUCAGGUAACAUCGAUUACGAUAACACCACAUCCGGCAGCCAGGAGACAGAUGACCCACAGGUCCCGCAGUACAGUGGUCAGUUCCGUAUGCGUAGUAAGACUGUCGGAGAUGUUGGAGAACAAGUUGCCGCUUGCAGACGCAACAUAAAUGAACGUGAACCAGAAAAGGCUGACCCGGGAACCAAAUCGGAAGGCGAAGAUGACUCCCAGCAAGGUUCGGUCAAGCCCAAAUCUUCCCUAGGCAAGACACCCAAUCAUCUAACGCUGAGCACUACAUCUACUCUGUCUGUUGGCAGCACUGGAAGCCAGGCCCGUCUCAUUCAGUCGUCGCAUCCACCGGCCACGUACCAUCCGGUGCUGAUGAAAGAUCUAGGAUCCCCGGUGUGGAAGCCUAGAGACAUGAUUAGUUUAGGUGAUGCCCAGUCUUCUUCGAGCGCACGUAAAGAUGAUUCAAACAAGUAAACAGAUUAAACAGAAAUUGGUCGUGCAAAUUGUAGACAGAGAAAAGGCUUCGAAUCAUUCCGCUGAGCCCUGUCAGGGGGCGAAUCUGAAUCGCUAGGAGCAGCACAAAAUCCAACCCAACAGCAUACUCAAGCAUACUUUAGUAUCGAUGGGUACAGGGUGGGGCCUUUUUUCUGACUGCCGCGUUAAAGUUUGCCGAUUUUUUGUGUAAUACUCAUCCUCCAACGCAAAAACACGAAUACGCAGACAGAUUGUUAAGGAGUGAUUGAGGAUCUGUUGCUUUAUUUUUAUCUAAUCUUUCUUUGCUAAACUCGUUUCCUGGAAAUUUUCCAAGUGGCAAAAGGGAAACCACACAAUUUAUAUUAUGUGAAACUUUUCGCAUUCUCAUGUGACUGAGCGAGAAGGAGCCAAACAAAAUGUGAAAGUUUUCUGGCACUAGUAAUAAAAUACUGCAAAUUAUAUUGAAGAUAUUAGUAAAGUGAAUUUUUAAUAAGAAAAAAGCAGAACUUAGUGAUAAUUUCUUAUUACAUGAAAUAGUUAAGAAUGAUCUAGUUUAUGAUAAUUACUAUUAUUA